UGCGCGCGCGCGUAGCUGUCAGUCCUUCAGUCGGGGAGUGCGGAUGAGCCGGAUACGCCAACUUUAAGCAAUGUAGAUAUAGCUGACAAAUUUCACACCGAAUUCAGACUCGAACCCUUUCAAAGCUAGGAAUACUGGCUUCGUCUAAAAGUAAACGUCUUCUCGGGGCAGACAAACGACAAAGAAAGAAAGUGGGAGUGGGAUUUUGCUUGAGACAUAUUUGCUGGCUUAGCCUGACUGGGGUGCGUUAGCAUGCUAAUGGAGCAGCGCUGCAGUGGAUGUCUCUCCGCCCGCUCUUUUUUCCUCAAAUUAGACUGACGUCGUUCAGAUUACAUUUCAUUCUCUAUUUUCAGUUGUACCCGUCAGUAUUUCUACUAUUUUUAUUUAAGUGAAGUGUUAAAAAAGCUCCCGAGGGGAGGCUGGCUUGUCAGGCUAGCUAGUUAGCAAGUAAGGAAGGCUUACUAAUGAAGUCUUAAGGAGCUUUUGUUUACGGGCGAGAACUUAAAACAACACCGCGUUUUGCUCUUAACUUUAAUGUUAUAUAUAACAGCACACUGUUUUAGUGCAUUUGGCAAGUUCUUCAUCUGUCCAGCGAGCUAAUAGUUGAGUUGGUAACACAGCUAGCUGGCUGCUGUUAGUUAGCUAACUGAACGUUAUGCCAAAUGAUAUUUUACGAAGAGACAGUUAGGACACGACUAGCGUAAUUAAAACACUUGUCACUGUGUGAUAGUUAAUUUAUUGUUAUACAACCAACAAUGGCCUCGGCUGGUAACACUGUCUCAUCGUUUGCGAGCAAAACAAAAACGAAGAAGAAACACUUCGUGGCUCAGAAAGUGAAGCUGUUUCGUGCCAGCGACCCUCUGCUCAGUGUUCUCAUGUGGGGAAUAAACCACUCGAUAAAUGAGUUGAGCCAUGUUCAGAUUCCCAUCAUGCUUAUGCCUGAUGACUUCAAAGCCUACUCUAAGAUUAAAGUGGACAACCACCUUUUCAACAAAGAGAAUAUGCCAAGCCAUUUUAAAUUCAAGGAGUACUGCCCUCUUGUUUUCCGUAAUUUGAGAGAGAGGUUCAACAUUGAUGACCAGGACUUCCAGAACUCUUUGACCCGUAGCGCGCCCCUCGUCAGUGAAGCUCAGGGUCGUAGUGGUGCUCGCUUCCACACCUCCUACGACAAGAGGUACGUCAUCAAGACCAUAAGCAGCGAAGACGUGGCUGAGAUGCACAACAUUCUCAAGAAGUACCAUCAGUAUAUCGUGGAAUAUCAUGGUACCACACUGCUGCCACAGUUCUUAGGCAUGUACCGCCUCACUGUAGAUGGAGACGAGACUUAUAUGAUAGUCACACGCAACGUAUUCAGCCAUCGGUUGUCUGUGUAUAAGAAAUAUGACCUAAAGGGAUCUACUGUUGCCAGAGAGGCAAGUGACAAAGAAAAGGCUAAAGAACUCCCUACGUACAAAGACAAUGAUUUCAUCAAUGAUGGACAGAAAAUAUACAUUGAUGAGGAAAGUAAGAAAACCUUCCUUGAUAAGCUUCGAAAGGAUGUUGAGUUCCUUGCCUUGCUGAAGUUGAUGGACUACAGUCUUCUGGUUGGGAUCCAUGACGUGGAGAGGGCAGAACAAGAGGAGGUGGAAAGUGAGGAUAAUGAGGGAGAUGAGGAAGGAGAGAGUGAUGGAGGGAUUGUUGGGACGCCUCCUGACAGUCCCAGUAACACCCUAGACAGCUCUAAACCACUCUCACCGGGAGACUUCGACCCCAGUAUUGACGUCUAUGCCAUCAAAAGCCAUGACAAUUCUCCCAGAAAGGAGGUGUAUUUUAUGGCUGUUAUUGACAUCCUGCAACAUUAUGAUGCCAAGAAAAAGGCUGCUCAUGCAGCCAAGACGGUAAAGCAUGGGGCUGGGGCAGAGAUUUCCACCGUGAACCCAGAGCAGUACUCGAAGAGGUUCUAUGAUUUCAUCACUACCAUUCUGCCCUAGUCUGAGGCAGCUGUGUUGAGUCCACAGGGAUGAAGAGGGACGCCAGCGGAGGGGUGUAGUUCACUCACUCGCCUGCUCUGCCAAAGGGGGGCACCCCUACAGCAGCUACAACCACCAUUCGUUUACAUUUUGAUUUUCAUCUAUUCGUUCUUUGUUUUUGUGGGACCAUGAGACUGAUGGAAAAGGACACAGUUACAC